AUGGCGUGUGUGCAGAAGUCUGGAGGCACUCAGCUGAAGCUGGUGAUGUCGUUUCCUAACUAUGGACGAGCGAUGAUGAAACCCAUGAAGCAGGAGAGAGACGAAGAAACCAACUACAACCUCUACUACUUCUCAGACUUUGAGAGACACAACGCAGAGAUCGCUGCGUUUCACCUGGACAGGGUCUUGGGUUUCAGGAGGAUCCCACCGGUGGUGGGGAGGCUGGUGGAUGUGGUCCAGGAGAUCAAAGACGUCACGACCGACCGUAAACUGGCCCAGACCUUCUUCCCCUCUCCUGUGGGCAACGUGUGUUUCUACGGCAAGUGUUCCUACUACUGCUCCACAGAGCACGCUGUGUGUGGUCGCCCCAGGAGCCUGGAGGCCUCUCUGGCCGUCAUGCUGCCCGAUCUGUCCCUGGAGUCCCGCCGGACCUGGAGGUCCCCGUGGAGACGCUCCUACAGCCGGAGCAAGCUGGCAACGUGGGAGUCAGAACCAGACUACUGCUCCACGGUGACAAAGACCCCCCCCUACGACAGAGGCACCCGACUGGUGGACUUCAUGGACCUGGUCGUCCUGGACUUCCUGAUGGGUAACAUGGACCGACACCAUUAUGAAACCUUUGAGAAGUUUGGCACCGACACUUUCCUCAUACACCUUGACAACGGGAGGGCAUUCGGGCGUCACUCCAAAGACGAGCCCUCCAUCCUGGCUCCUCUAGAGCAGUGCUGCAGGAUCCGUCGCUCCACCUGGCUCCGCCUACAACUCCUCACUCUGUCCCGGUAUCGUCUCAGUGACGUCAUGAGGGCCUCGCUGUCCCGGGACCCCCUUCACACGGUGGCCCCGCUGCUGUCGGAGCCUCACCUCGCCGCCCUCGACCGCCGCCUGAAAACUGUGCUGAAGACUGUGAGUCAGUGCCGAAAGAGACGGGGCGAUGAGGUCAUCUACGAUGACGUUUCCUAUCUGAAAGACACGGGGAGUCCUGCUGGGUAG